UGUGGGCGCGGCAUUACAUCACAAGCUAUCAUAUUAGUGCAUUGUUUUUCGGUGUUGGUUGAUGUUGCUUUACUGCUACAUAGUCUCAGGUUCUCUAUCUGUGUUCUUAUUCACAGGUUUGUAGCGGCGUGCAGCGAGUGAGGGUAUUUGCGCUACUCGGAGUGACUGGUCAGACCAGGGGGAAAACGGGACCGGAGCUAUUCUGUUUUUUUUUUCUGACAUUGUUAAUCAUUUUCAUAAUUCCUUGGAGGAAUAAACUCCAUUGAAAGACUUCAGAAGGGUACUUGUGCGAUCAUCAACACCGCAUACAAGUGUUCCAACAAACCUCACCAUGGAGGCCAUUGCCAAAUACGAUUUCAAAGCCACUGCAGAUGAUGAGUUGAGUUUUAAACGAGGAGAGACAUUGAAGGUUUUGAAUGAAGAAUGCGACCAGAACUGGUACAAGGCAGAGCUGAAUGGGAAGGAAGGCUUCAUCCCCAAGAACUACAUAGAAAUGAAGGGACACCCGUGGUUCUAUGGUAAGAUCCCCCGGGCGAAGGCAGAGGAGAUGCUGAACAAACAGAGACACGAUGGGGCCUUCCUCAUCCGAGAGUCGGAGAGCGCACCGGGAGACUUCUCCCUCUCUGUCAAGUUUGGUAAUGACGUGCAGCACUUCAAGGUCCUGCGUGACGGGGCUGGGAAGUACUUCCUGUGGGUGGUCAAGUUCAACUCUCUCAACUCCCUGGUGGACUACCACCGUUCCACCUCUGUGUCCCGCAACCAGCCCAUCUUCCUCAGGGACAUCGAGCAGGCCCCACAGCAUUCAACGUACGUGCAGGCACUGUUUGACUUCGACCCUCAGGAGGACGGCGAGCUGGGCUUCCGACGCGGCGACUUCAUCCAGGUCCUGGACAACUCCGACCCCAACUGGUGGAAAGGGGCUUGCCACGGCCAGACGGGCAUGUUCCCGCGCAACUACGUCACGCCAGUCAACCAAAACAUGUGAUCGUGUCACGUCUGUCAACCAAAACAUUUGAUUGGCUAAGUGAAUAAUGACAUGACCCCCUCGUCCCCCAUUGGCCAAUUUACAACCCCUCAGGACUUUGAGGGACACUUCAGAAACAGACCUAAAUGAGGAAUGGAAGAAUGGGAAGAGGAACAAAAAUCCUGCAAAGACACAGAGCGAGAGGCAGAUUUCAUUACUCAGACUCUACAGUUGACUCGGUGGAUUCUUUGAUGCAAUGAGGGAGACACACGGAACAGAGAGGCAUUGCAAAGGAACAUAAGUUGACGUAAAAAAAAAAAUACAAGGGAUCCGGCUAUAGCUCGACUCCGGCUACGGCCUCCCUUCUUAUACGUUCUUUGUUUUCUUUCUUUACGCAUAACAUCACCGUUCUAUGUUUCAGUCUAUUAGACAAAAACAAUGAAGAAGAUGUCAGAGACCAAAGACUCUAGUCUAGUGUGUUAUUGAUCUCAACCCAGCUUUGGGAGAGAAGGACCAUGGACUGGAGAGAAAUUCUGUUAUCGAUGUGUAUGUAUAUCUCUAAAUAUUUGUAGUUUGAGCCUGUUUUAGUGUGGGGGUUUUUCAUUCAUUUAUUUGAUUUCUUCCCUAUUUGUAGACCUACAUAUUGUCGUUUUCUAGGAUCAUAUUCAUUUAGUACCAAAUGGAAGAAAAUAGACAGGGAGGAACUACCUGAACUGAAUAAGAAACUCAUUUUUGUUUUCCGUAGCAAAACGUUUUGUUGCGUUUUGAAACUGUGCACUAAUUAAUAUGACCCAGAUCAUGCACAGAGUCUCUGAGACAAGAAGCUAAAUGGUUUUCAUGUGAUUGGGAGUUAUUCAAUACUCUCAAGACAGAAAUAAUAUUUCAAUAAUAGUUUUCUGGUGGAAAUCUAAUUUGGAAAAUGUCAGGAUUUCUACUUUGUUCUGGUGUGAAAGCAGAAGCGCGGCUAUCAGCUAGAACCAAUUGUGUCAUUUUUUACCCAUUUAGGCAUUUAGGGGCUUUCUGCAUUUGUAAAUGUAGCCAUCUUUCUCAAUAAAAUCUGAGAAAAUGGUAUAGAGUUUUAUGUCCACCCGCAAUCAAUAGACUUAACUGAUGAUGGGGCAGAUUCAAUAGGACCUAAAUGUAGCUAAAUUGGGUUGUACGGGUUCUUUAUGGAGAUUGCUAGUGGUUGACUGGGUUGAAACGGCAGUAUCCUUAUAAUCAUUAGUUCUAUGAAAGAAGGUAUUGAAUAGUGCUACACUCACUGAUUUCACCCUGCGCUUGUGGAAGUUGGGUAGUGCCUUUUCCAUCUCUGGUGUUUUUUGUCUCUCCAGGUUGACCAAUGAGCGCUUUUUAAGCAGCAGAUCUCCGAGAUACGGUGACCAAUACAAUGUCUCCAUUCUCCACACAUGCUGGCCUUUGGUUAGGGGUUACCUUAUGGAAACUCCAGUCUGAAUCUCUAAACCCAUCUCAGCUUUGCAGUCUCUUCUGUCUCACUUUCAAGUAUGAUUAUCCGAUGAAAGAGAAACUAUGUUUUGUGCCAGAGGGUGUUGUUAUGUAGUGUUUCCCUUGAGAAAUGACUAAAUGGUUUGAUGUAAAUGUGCAAUGUGGAUCUAUGUUUUCAACAGAAUGACAUGCAUAUGACAAAGUCUUGUUUUGUCUGAUUAUGGGACGUAUCAAAAGGGCUUUUGGAAUUCUAUGCGAUUUAGAUGCGAACACAUUAUCUGUCGGUUUGGUUGCGUCUAAAGGGGGACAUUUUUGACAGCGGGCGAAAAGAAGUCACAGAAAAGGUAGUUUAGCGUUUCCUGAAAGAGGGGACAUGAAUUGUCAUAAAGACCAACGUAAGUGCUUGAUCUGGGAAACAUCUUAAGUAUUUAUCCUUCAGUCAGUGUCUGCUUGUGACGGAGGCAGAAUGGAAUCCUCCAUCUUGAUAAAGAGAUUAAAGGACCAAUGAUGCUGACAAACUGACUCUAGAUCAGAACGACAAGCGCAACGGGUGGGUCAAUGACCUCUAUUGAACUCUGUGUCCACAACUCUCUACUUUGGAAAUUUUGAGAAUCUUGAAGAGGACCUCAAAUGCAAGGAAUUCCAUAUGAUCUCUCCUCCACUCUGCUUGUUAUUCCUUAUCUACACUCUUUGAUUUGGAAAACUACUCGAAUAUGCUUUAUGGUUUCUUGAAGUAAAAUGUCUGAAAUACACAGAGGCAGGUCUGAAGGGAAUAUGCAGGGAGUGGACCAUGCAAGUUUUUCAAUGUUAUUUCUAGCCUGCAAUGAGCCAUUCCAAUGAACUCAUAGUCCGAUUGACUUGCAGGUGGUUGAAAAUGCAAGGGCACGAGAAACCUUGCUUACGUGGUUUCGCUAUGAACUGUAGCCUGGCUAUGUGUUGCCUUGCUGUUGUUGCAAAGCCCCCC